UUCAGUCAUUCAAGCUGCUCAGCUCUGGUGCUGUGAGAGCGUCCGCUCGGUUAGGCCACCUGGGUUCGGGUAAACCUGCAUCCUGAACCGGACUGGAACCUGAACUGGGAUCUUAACGCAGUGAGAUACACUUUACCCGUCCAUGCUUCAGGAAUCAGCGGCCGUUGACGGGAAGCGAACGUUAGGGCGGCAGAAGCGGCGGUGCUGUCAACGGAGAGUGGAGCUAUUACAGCAGAAAGCGUUCAAUAUAUAGACCAACACAGAGUGCGACGAGAACCGGGGGGAUUUAUUAAUAAUUAUAAAGCAACUUGAUGGAUUUAGAGACCGGAAGAAACGAACUGGGGGCGAUGGGAGACCCUCUGCAGCCGCAGACCCCCAGUCGCCACGAGAAAAGUCUCGGGCUGCUCACCACCAAAUUUGUGACUCUGCUGCAGGAAGCGAAGGACGGAGUGUUGGACCUGAAAGCUGCUGCUGAUACUUUGGCUGUAAGGCAGAAACGGCGCAUCUACGACAUCACCAAUGUUUUGGAAGGCAUUGGACUCAUUGAGAAGAAAUCCAAAAACAGCAUCCAGUGGAAGGGUGUUGGUCCAGGCUGCAACACACGUGAAAUUGCAGAUAAGCUGAUAGAUCUCAAGUUGGAAUUGGAAGAUCUUGACCGAAGGGAACAUGAGCUGGACCAGCAGAGGGUUUGGGUUCAACAGAGCAUCAAGAAUGUGACCGAUGACUCACUGAAUAGCCCUUUGGCGUAUGUAACACAUCAAGACCUCUGCAAUUGCUUCAAAGGUGACACUCUUCUAGCAAUCAGAGCUCCCUCUGGAACACAGCUAGAGGUUCCUGUGCCUGAAUCUCAGGUCAAUGGACAAAAGAAGUACCAGAUUCACCUUAAGAGCACCGCGGGCCCAAUCGAGGUCCUCCUGGUCAAUAAAGACCCCUCUAGCUCUUCUCCUGUGGUGCUGCCAGUACCCCCACCAGAUGAUAUGCUUCAGGGCCUCCCCACCCCAGCUUCAGCUACCUCAGCUGCUGACAAUCCCACCAAACAAGCAGCCAACAGUACGCCAUCUCCUGCCUCCACCUGCCACAGUCCCACCACCACCAGUACCGUCCCUCCCAACACAACCACUGCCACUGCUGCUGCAACAGCCACAGACGUAUCAAGCACAACCACUUCAGACACAACAGCCAAGCCAUUAUCUUCAGUGGAUACCCAGCAACUGCAGUCGUCUGCUUCAUUGGACAGCAGCUCCUCACUUCCUGAUUCCUCGACCCUUUUUGAACCGAUCAAAACAGACCCUUCAGAAUUGCUGGAUUUCCCCAAAGAUCUUUCAGAAAUGUUUGACCCUAAAGAAAUCGUGAGUACAGAUCUGCUGGAAGAGCUGAUGUCAUCAGAAGUGUUCUCUCCACUCCUACGUUUGUCCCCUCCUCCUGGUGACCAUGAUUACAUCUAUAACCUGGAUGAGACUGAAGGCCUCUGUGACCUUUUUGAUGUUCCCAUUGCCAACCUUUGACCUCCACACACACCAUGCAAUAAGAGUAGUGUACUCAAAAACUUUUAAACCCUUUUCCAAGGAGAAAAAAAAAGUGUGGCUCUGUGUCAGAUCCAUAUGUAUGAUAAGCUGAUUCUGUGUGUAUAUAAAGCUUUUAUAUAUAUGUAUAUUUACUCCUUACCAAAAGUGGCUGGCUGAAAAGCGGCCUCCUGCUAAAUUCAACUGAGAUGUGAGGCUUUACCAGCCCCAGUUCAAUUCAUCUGAUGAAAAUAUCAGAUCUCCAUUCAAGCAUAAUUUGACAAAUCAGUCUAUAUUAGUGUGAUGCCAUUGUUUUUAUACUACUUUUGUAUAGACACAGAGAGGAUUUCAUGUUUAUUACAGAAAUAGAUUAAACUCACCAGCAGUGGUUAGUGGUUAAAAAAAAAAAAAUACGAGCUAGAUUUAUUUUUACAUUUUGUCUUCCUGUUUUUAAGUAGUACCUUUUGUCCAAAAGCAUGGUCAUGACAUAUUUACUAACGACUUAUCUGAACACAACUUGCAUACAGAUUAUUAAUAAGAAAUGAUGGUUAACUAGUUAAUGCAUUAGGCAUUAUGAACUGACAAUGAACAAUAUAUAUUUUUACAGCAUUUAUUCAUCUUUAAGGUUAGUUUAUAAAAAUACAAUUGUUCAUGUAUGUUCAUAGUGCAUUAAUGUUAAAUACAACUUUUGAUUUUAAAAAUGUAUUGGUAUAUGUUGAAAAAAAAAACAUUAACCAAGAUUAUUAAGUGCUGUAAAAGUAUUGUUCAUUUGAACAAAUGGAACUUUAUUGUAAAAUUUUACUGAAAUUAAAUUACUUUGUGCUAGCAACCAUCAUGCUUAUCACAUGCUUUUGAACAAACAUGCCUCCGAUAUGAAGAUUUUGAAAAAAUUCAGCCAAUGCUGUUUGUUCUCAUCUUGCAGCAAAUGACAACACUUGAAAGCAGACAGCAGAAGUAAUUAAGUUACACUAACAACUGAAGUGGCAACAAGCGUAUUUGAGAGAUUGAAAGUUCACUGGCAUUGCAGAAUAGGCUAUUGUGUGGAAGCUUUACAGCUUUAUGCUACAUAACUAAACAUAUUUAUUGCAUCGUAAAGCUUUUCAGAUAUAGUGAAGAAACAUGCUUUCAGAGUUGGAUAAACCAUUCCUACUUCAUUCUAAAUGUUUUUGCUCAUCAGGUGUGUAAUUGUGUUAAUACUCUGACUAACAUAAAGGCUAGCUUACAGUGUAAUGUGUUAUGAAAUGAAUGCCUUACCUACACAACAUAUGCUAUAAUUGAUAAUUAGUAUUAUGAAUUUAAGCUAAUUUUAUCAGGAAAAACUGCUGUGGAAAGGUCACAUCUAAAAACCUGUACAAAUGUUAAAUUAGAAGCCAAUUAUUGCUAUUUUUGUAUUUUGAAACAACCCUACUUUAGUCCUACCGGUAUCUGUCCUAUUCUCAACUCAUUUAAAUGUGUAUAGAUUCUUUUGAAAGUAAGUAACGCCUUCGAUAUGUUUGUAUAUGAGAAUAACUGUCUAAACAAGGAUGUGUGUUUGGUGGGGAAUUAAAGGGCAGUCACAAUAUGACAAGAAAUGGAGUAUCAAAGAGAAUGUUCUGUUGGCUCCUAAAUGUGUGUGUACCAACUGAUUGGAAACAUUGUAAUUUCAUAUAUUGUUUUUGUUACUAUCUUCUAAUGAUAUUUGUAUGCUUGUACACACUAAGCAUUUACCAUUUAUUUUGUACUCAAUAGAUUUCUGAUUGAUCUGG